AUGCCAGCUACCAAGAAGCUCGCGACGAGAGCGGCCGUAGAAGACUACGUCGCAGGCUUUAGUGCUGACGAUUUCGCUCGUUUCAGUGGCUAUUAUGCCAAGAAUGCGAUUGAAAGUAUUUCUGAUAUCGUCGCACAUCUCAACAUUCCUGCGCUCGAGGACAAGUCUUUGACUGGAUAUAUUGCUUGGCUCAAGACUAUGCAUACUAUGGUCUCGGAGGAGCUUGUUCCUCAAAAUAUCACUUUCGAACAAUCAGGAAGGCAGGUCAACGUGGAUUAUCACGUCCAACUCAGAGGGCUGGGGGAUUUUAGCACGGAAAAUUUCAACGGACGACUCGGUCCGGUUUCUAGAGGCACUGGCCCUCUAGCGCAGAUGUCGUUGACCUAUCAGCUCAACUCCGAUGGCCAUCUCAUAGGAAUUUAA